GGGGUGAGAGCGUAUGCGUGCAGAUAACUGGUGUAAAUAUGGCGUCACAGGAGGACGAUAACAAACUUGAGAGUAAAUCAAAUAUAAACAAAGAGCAAGAAAGAAACUUUAUAAAUGUGUAUAAGGUGAACAUUUAAAUUUUUGUGCUUUUUGCACAUUAGUUUGUUUAAUUUUCGCAUGAUUAUUGUGAAAGACAGUGUGUAGUUACAUUUUCGCAUGGCCGCCAUGUUCUAUUAAGAAAUUUUACGAAAAUUGAAGAGUUUGGCCAGUUUGAGAUGUUAAGACAAAAUUGUUGAGUGCAAUAUGAUCAUGUUUCGUGUAGACUGUGUUUUUGUUGGAGUGCCUCGAAUAAAAUGCCACCUAGUUCCCGACAGUUCUGUUGUUAGAGCUGGAGAUUUGUUUGUUUAAUUGCUUGUUCCUGUGUUACCAUCCAAGAUGAGUUCUAAAUGCCAGGGAGUUAACGACUUCACACCGUUUAAAAAAUUUGAACACAUCCUCAAAAAUAAGCUCGAACCGUUCUCAAAGAAAAUAGAAUCGCUUAUUGAAAUAUGGAAAAGCUUAGGUCAGUGCAAUCAACAAAAUUCAGAUAUUGGUUACAUCAUACAAAUUAUGGACUGGGCGAAAUUACACACUUUGAAUAUUGUUUUAACAGGAAAAUGGAAAAUGUUUAAAGCUGAUUUCGAAACAAAAUUGUUAAGCGAGGUGGAAAAAACCCAGCACGAAUUGAUGAAAAUAAGCGAUGUGUUCUCAAAAAAGUUUCAAAAAUUGGCAGACGUUAUCAAGAAUCCGUGGGACGAUCCCGUUUUGGCCAACCUUUUACACGACAGCAACGCAACCAUCGGGCAAAAAGAAAUUGAGUUUUUUUGCGUUGAAACGGCGUAUUUAGUUUCCGUUCGAUUGAAGAAAUUGUGUGAAUCCCAGUGUGAAGAUUUGGCGUUGAAUUUGGUUACCGCUUUUAUGAAUUGUUACAAUUUGUCUCAAACACAAAAUUUCAGUCUCAAUGCAACUAAAAUUCACAUUCUGUUUUGUUUUGAUAUUCAUGUAGCGCUACUGUACAGAUACAAUAGAAGAUCAGAUAUAGUUGGAUUGUUUAAGAAACUAAGUUUGGAGGAAGGUUUACAUUUAAUUCGACGCUUUGCGAAAAAACGGGUGAAAAUCUCAAAAGUCUGGCGGAAUUACCCUGAAAUAACGUUUCUGGCUUCUCAAGUGUUUGUUACUGCUGCUGUUACAAAACCUAUUAGUGAAAGUGGGGAAGUUCUGAAGGAGCUUUUGGACACUUGGAUUGCGUUUAGUAUAGAACACUCCAUGGUUGAUAAAGUGGAAGUUUCCAUCCGACGGAUUAUUCAAGCGGCGACGGCGGCGCAACACAUCUACAUCUGUUGCGAAAUCAUCCACAAUAAGUUUGGCUUGAAGCUGCGAACGUUCACCAUCGAGUUGUACAUACGGGCGCUAACGACGGACAUGAACAACCUCGAGUCCCAAAAAAGCGAGAACGACGCCGAGAAGGUGGAAGAAACGACGAAACGUCUUGCCAGCGGCUUCUACAAUUUGGCUGAUAUUCUAAAAGACAACAUUCAAGUUAGUAGGGAGUGUGCUUUAACCGCGUUUAGUUUAGAACCGACCUUGGAACGUUUGCGAAAAAUCGAAGAUUUGGCAAGACAAUCUGGUUUCAAUGUGUUGGACACCGGUCAGAUUUGGGAGUGUAAGCUCCACCCACCUGUCACCGCGUCUGACGAAAUUUGUUGGAUGUGUAAUUCCUGCGGGAAAUGGAUGUGCAAACCGAAUCUAGAUUUACGCUUAACAACUAACUUUGCUCUUAAUGAGGCCUUGAAUUUUGAAACUCUGGGAAUUUCAUCCCAAUUAUGUGAUGAUCUUGCUGUUGUUUUAAACGGACCGCGGUAUCACUUGCUGAGUUGGUUGUUGAGGUGGGAGGAUUUGCAUAGGCUGUGUGAGAUGUACUUGAAUGAUAUGGAACGCACUAAAAAUCUUGUCACGGAGCUUAAAUUCGUCGAUAUAGAUUAUUCCAUGUUUGCGACGGUUAAGCGCGAGCCGGUGGACGAGUUAGCUGGAAUAGAAAGGGGUUACGAAAGUUUUCUCUACGCGGACGAAAAGUUAGUUAAUAUGAUAGAAAAUUGCAGUCCUGAACCUCCUGAAUUGCCGCAGGCGAAGUCCGAUCCUAACACCUUGAAGACGCUGCGGAUGUUUAGGCAUAACAUUAAGAGAAAUAAACCUCAAUCUGCACAAGCUGUCUUAGAAAGCAAUAAUCUAGUUAAUAACUCACAAAAUUAUAGAGAAAGUUGGUUUUCUGAACAUUCUUCGGAUUCGGCUUUUAGUUAUAAUAGUCAACAGAGGCUUCCAGAAUACCAACAACAGAGCGGAAAUGGUUUUUAUAACUCUGGAAGGUCGUUUUCUGGCGUCUUCUUCAACCAUUUAAAUAACUCGGAAACGAAGCACUCGCCCGAGGGAAUCACCGAUCUUUCGACAAGCGCGAGUCGCGAAAGGCACGCGAAGGAAGCUCUCGAUUUUCGGAAUAAUCUCAAUAAAAGAAAACCAACCGAUAAUCUCGAAAACACGAUGUUCGAUUAUGAAAAUUAUCAAAAUUUAGUAACGUCGUCUAGUGAUAAUUUUUUGCAUAAUAUGAUUACGUAUGAAUUCGCUCGCGUCACUUCCGAAAUGAAAAGAAGCAAACCGGAUACCUUAACAGAAAACCAAAGUUGUACAAGGACUACGAAAUCGCAGCAACCAAGACCACCCGUUUCGAAACAUUCACCAUCAAGUUCAACCUCAGUUAAAGAAGAACAUGUAAAAAGUGAAACGUUAAAUUUGGUGAAGAAUAAGUUAACCUCACGUAGUGUAAGUAAAGUCGGAACAGUACAAUCGCGGCCGCAUUUUCUACUUGACAAACCUAUGUCAUUAAUUGAAUAUCUCCAAAGAAACAAAGUGCCAUCUCACAGUGAAUCAUUGAACUUAGUAAAACAUGAUAAAUUAGUAUCAGAUCAUGCAUCACAAACCCAGCGCGGAGCACAAAGUGAUCCAAAAUCAAGUUCAAGUAAAUGUGAUAAUUUGCCAGCCCACGGUAUCAAUUUGUCAAAAAAGGACGCAACACCGCAUGCGCAGAACCUGACGAACUACACCAAACUAUCCUCUCAUAGCAAAAACCUAUCCCGAACCGAGACAGUCAUCUCAAACAUGAAUUUCAAAGACUUUAAAAACAAAGAGGACGAAACGAUCGCACCAAGUAAAGGUUUUCCAAGUUUUGACAAAAUCCCGCCACCCCCUUCCCGACGAACCGACUCGAAUUGUCUAGGCGACGGCAAGCUACACAACCAAACCCAAACCAUCACGUGCGUAAAAACCGAAAAACUGCUCUCGAACCCGGAUACCGACAAGUGCGAAGUUCAAACGGUCGCCAGUAGCAAUAAAACCGAAUCCACCGACCAAAGGAAGCCGGCGAAUUUUUUUCACAACCCUAAAAACGAAGAACCCGACGACAAGUCCCACCUAAAGCGGACAAAAAAUCACGAGAUGGAGGUUAUUCCCGAGAAGAAGGUAAAAUUUGACGAGGGCGCAAGCAAAACAUUUCGUCCAAAAAACGGAAUACCUCCAUUGAUUGAAAAAGAGCUGAAUAAAAACUUGAUAAUAAAGUCGCUGCUGACUAAAAACGAUAACGAAAAGUCGGAAACCUGUGUACAAAAUGAAAAUUCGUCAAAAAACGCUAAUUGUUGUCUGCCUACUAGUAACAACAAGGACGACACCAAGGGCGAUUCUUGCAAAAAGGUAAAUGUGAUCAACUGUAAAACACCAACUGUACAGACUACGCAAUCUACUCCAAGUGCGAAUAACAAUAAUCACAAAAAUGUUCCUAAAACCCCUUGUUGCAAGAACCUGGAUGGAAGUCCCGCGCAAACUAACAAAAGUGGCGUCGGUAAGGCAGACAUUAAAACAGACGUGGAGGAGUCGAUAAAGAACGAAAUCAACCAAAGUAGAAGUUUAUUGCUCAAAACGCUUUCAGAACAACAUAUUCCUAUGAUUGUUGAAAAAACCGACAAGUCGGACAAGGGGUGUAUCAAAGAGGUCGAGGGUUGUCGCGCGGAUCUCACCAAUUGUAUAAAAGAGAAAGUAGGGUUCGAGAGGCGCGUUUCCAGCCCGGAAGACAAAGACGACGAGUCGAAACCGGAGGAUAAGUCGAAGGCGAGCACUAACAAAGAAGUCAAGAUAAUCCUGCACCGAUUAUCCGACGAAGUUAUCAAGAGUUUCAUUCCUACGUACAGUGAUAGCGGUUCCCAGAAUUGUAACUGCGGCUACAACAAUAAAAAGAAGGCCGUCGGAAGACCGCGUAAAGUUAUGUGUUGUAAAUAUAAAUUAUCUCAUUUGAAGAAUUCGAAUUCUUCGGCAAAUCGCGUAUUUGAACGAAUAGACUACGAUAAGUAUUCUUUAAGAGCGCUUAGAAAAUAUGAUGGUGAUAGACUUAAGAAACUUAGUUCUAAGAAUUCAAAACGAGAUAGUGAUAUACAAAAGAAGACUGGCUCAAAUAAAAACAUAAAAAAAUUUAACAGUAAUAAACAAAAGAAGCUUUCAGAUGACGAUAGUGAUAAAUUAAAGAAACCAAAAAAAGAUUUUAGUGAUAAAGACGACAAGCUAAUUUCUUCGAAGAAGGGUGAUAUUGAUAAACAAAGAAACGACAUGAAUCCACGAGUAGUACUCGAAAGACUGCCACUAGAUUCCAACUACGUCAGGUCCGUGCUGUCAAACGUACCGGGUUUAAACGACUACGAGAUGAUCCGACCUACGAACGUAAAUCACAUCGUUAACGUCGUUCAAAUUUCCGGGGGAAGAUCGACCUCCACCGUUCCAGUACAAAACACGCAAACAAGUACUCAGAUCACGCCUCACAUUCAAAGAAUCGGACAGCCUCGCUCCGAUAAACCCGAACACAAUUCGAACUCAGAUAUGCCUACGACGUCCACGUCGGUUACUCCUGCGUCAGCUGCAUCCACCAAACCCAGCACCUCUCAGCCGUCGACUCUCAUCAACAUACUGUCGCAGCAGAUCAUAAGACCCGGACAGAGCAACUGCGUUAGAAACCGGUCGUCGCCUCUUAUCAACAUUUUGUCGCAACAAAUCAUACGACCGGCGACUACUCAGACCAACAAAACCCCACUGAACUCGUCGCAAGAGGUACAGACUAACUCAGCGAAAGUCUCGUCAACCGUGGAACAGUCGGGUCACGAAGACGCGAAUUUGGCGAAGUCGGUUGCUACUACAGCCACCACGACUACUAAAACUGUGUCUAAUACACACUCAAGUGGCCAAGGGACUAUUUUACAGUUCAUUUGUAAAUCGACUCUGCCUAAGUUUCAACAAGCUUUCGGAAAGUCGGUGUAUCAGAAUAAUACUGAAACGACCGAAGCGGGUAGCACGUGUACAGAAACCAUCACCAAUACCGACAUUAAUAAAAAAGCGCAAGCCAAGAACUCGUCGGUUAAUAUACAACCCAUUCAAGGUGGAGUGAUUUACACGAGACAAAUGCCCGUAGGACAAACUAUCAAUUUAAUCCCCCCGGGAAGAGGUCAAGUGUUUCGGAUCGCAACCUCAAACUCUGACCAGAUAUCUCUAGUUAAAGAUACAGUAAUCCAUAGUAAAAUGAGUGCUUUGUUAGCUGCUGCGCUCCAAGGGAAACAAAAACCUUCAGAAGCUCAGUCCGACGGCGAAAAUACUAACGACGAAGGUGCAGGCACUCGGGUGACCGUCACACGUCCAACCCUAGUGCAAAACGCGCGUAUCGUAAAACCGGUCCUUCAGAUACCAUCAAACGUAAUACGCACAAGCCCUCAAUCCAAUUUAAGUUCCACCACUCUAGAACAACUGCGAGAGUUCGACAUGGUUUAUAAACAAAUCAAAGAAAGAAGUAGCACCAAUACCCCGUCUGAAGCAAACACAUCCGAGUCGAGCGAAACCUCCCAAAGAAUAAGCGUGACGUACCUAAAUCAAGGUCAAAAAUACACUCAGUUGUCCCCGGUAGUCGUGGUUAGUAGUUACUGCAAUUUGCAACCAGCGGCAUCCCCAGCGUUAAGCGUUACGUCGCAAGGUAGCUUAAGUCCGUGUGUGACUCCCGCGCCUGCGCCUUCCGUUCCCAAAACCUCGUCCAAAAGCUCGAAAGGCAAAACUGUUAAGAACACCACGACGCAAGCGUCUAAGUCGUCUCCGAUUCCUAAACCGCAACAGAAACCGCAAGAAGACGAACACACGACGCAGAGGAUUUUUGAUAUUUUGGCGGAAUACGCCGAGCAGCUGCGGAAUUCCCCCGAUUUGAAUAACAAACCGGCGCCGAGACGCCGGUCCAACCCCCCGACUAACCCCAACCAGAAUUCCAAGCGGAAAAAAAACUCCGGUUCAAAGAAAACCGGACAGUGUAGUAGUAUGGUGUCAGAGGUAGAUAUAGAAGACCAUAGGACUGUAGGUAGUGAAGAUAGCUCGUGUGGCGUGGUCCAGAUUUCCGUUCAAGAAGAGGAGCAACAACACGUGCAGACGGUCACUACUGAAUCGAACGAUAGUACUUCGAAUUCGAGGCAGCAGCUGAUUUUAACCGACGCUAGUAAUAAUCAAACGCGGAAUUUGAUAAUCGCGGAUUCUAGUGUCGGGGAGGCCUUAAAAAUGCCGAAUACCGCGGUCCUGGUUCCGGGGAAUUACAUAAUGCCGGUGUCGAUGGUGAAAGGCGGGCAACAGAUCGCUGUCGUGUCUGGCGGGAGUAAGAUUCUAGCCACCGUGCCGGCCAGAUCUGGACCCAACAUGUUGUUAUUUCAAAGUUUUUUAAACCAAAAUCGUGGUAAAUCCGGCGUUCCGACCGUCAAGUAUUCAACUAUCCAACCCAUUUCGGGAAUUUCGUCGCAGAAUUUGGCUGGGGUUAGUGGACAACCGCCUGUGAUUUUGCCGCCGAAUUCCCAACAUUUGACCGCCGUGACGCUCGGGCAGCCCCUGACUUUAAAAAAACUCGACGACAGUGAUAGAGUGAAUACUGAGUUGCUUUUAACAAUUUCGCAACCCCGAGACAACGGAAAUGCGUCGACGGAGUCGACGACCCAUCCCGAUAGUACUAAUAGCAUCUCUAGCACUGUUGGUAACAUAGAAUUAGAAGAAACCAUUAUUCAUUCGGACAACACGUCGGAGAAAGUGUACCAUACGUAUCAGAAAUCGAUGGGUACCGCACCGAUUGCAACGCCCGUGAUCGCCCAGACUUCUUGUGUGAAGGAAGAAAUAGCUUCAAAUGAACAAAACACCACGCACAAUUCAAUGACUUUAAAUAUCACUUCUGAAAACAACAAAAGUGAGUCGGGGAAGACAUUAGAAAGGGUUCAAUCAGUAUUAGUUACUGCUUGCACGUCAAAUGGACCCAUGCUGUCGCAUACACCUCCAAGAUACCGCAAACCUUCGGAAUCAGCAGGUACAAAUAAUGAACCUUCUAACAAGGAGGAAUUUUUACAUAAUGGGGAGAAGCAAAACAAUACCGAGCAGAAACAGUUUCAAGGAAAUGCUACCUAUUUCCAGAAUAAAAAUAAGAAAAAUAGUAAUCCUCCGAGGUUAGACAGAGAGAUGCAUCAGUUAAGUUUGCAACGGAAGCAAGCAGCGCUCGAAAGAGAGUUACGUCUUCAGAAAUCUUUAUCCGAAGAAUGCGAAGAUUUAGGCGUAGAUGAACCGAGUACCAGCGAUCUGUUUCCCGAAGCAGAUAUUCUUUUCGACGCGAAUCAUUCACCAUCGUUUGACCAGUCUUCUCAAGAUCUCGUGAAGAGACCUCCGCCUCAAGAAAUCAAAGAAGAGAAUAAGCCCGGAAUGACAUUGUUUAGUGACGACGAUAAUUCGAGUUCUUUGCGGACGGAUUUUUUAUUUGAGUCGGUCGAGUACCAGCCAUCGGGAACUGAGUUAGAGUACGAACAGAAUCAACAGUUGACGAACGGUCAAAGCAGCGCGAGUAACGAGUCGGGUUCUUCGUGCGAGGACCACACGCUUUUGCAAAAUUGCGCCUCGAUGUCCGACGUCACGCUGAAUUCUCCUGUUUCGCCGGAUCCGUAUCACGAAAACACACCACCUUCUUUGAACAAGUACAAAUUUAAAUACAGUAAUCGCCGAAAAGGAGAAAGGAAUAAACAGGCUUGCGAAACUUGGACGGUGGAAGUAUCGAGUUCGGAAGACACGACCGGUAGUACGGAACUAGGUAAAAGUUCUAGCCAUAGUCCGGAGUCGUGUACCAACAAACACGGUCACAGUGUUAGUUGUGACGAGGAACUCAGUGAUGGAAGCUAUAAAGUAGUAACGGUAGCUAUAUCAAAAAGUGAUUUAUUAAAAGAUGACGAAAGCUGUGAAGAGUUACAUUGUGAAGACGAUUUAGACUGUUCACCGAGUGGUAGGGGUGCUAGACGCAGUGUUAAAAAAAUGUGUUCUUGUUGUAAUGGUUCCCAAGAUGGCGGCGCUUCGCGAAAGAGACCAUCGUCGAGACCUCACACCCCGGCUCCGCACAAGAAGGCCUUCCUAAACAAGAAAAGAUAGUGCACACGUGUAUAGCAUGGUAUUUAAGUUAAAUUUGUUAGUUGUUUCUGUUGACUAGUCGAGCUAUCGAGUGGAUGCACUUUAGUACAAAUUAUCUGAAAGCUGGUGGUGUAUCGUCUGAUGAACUAAAAUGAUUACUUGUAUAGUAAUUGCUACGUUUGCAAUCUUUUAGUACCUCUAACUGUAAAUUUUCCUUGUAUAUGUAAAAUAUUUAAAUUACAUGUGCAGUUUGUCGUUGUAUAUAAUAAUCUAAUAGGUCUAUCAGACAGAUGUUGAAAUUUAAUACAUCUGUGCAAAUAAGAUUUACAGCUCUUUUAUUAAAUCUGCAAUAAGUUCACACAUGUUUGUGUAUGUUCUUUUCUACUGAAGCAAAAAUAUUGUUAUGUCAUGUUUCUAAAAUUAUUUAUUAGGUUAGUUUUUUCUAGAAAACGUAUUUUCCUUUUAUGCUUAAGCAUCUAGGUCUUAGUCUCCUGAAAGUAUUGUUUUUUUCGUUUAUUUUAUUUUGUUAAAAAUUUUGUAUACUCAGUUUAUUUCAUCAAUUAACUAUUUAUAAAAAAACUUUGUAUGUUUUUCAUUACCAUAUUUUUUUCAAAUAAAUGUUCUUAUACAUUUUUUUUUUUUGUUUUUUCCGAGGUGGUUUUUCGAUUGUAUUAAUGUUGCAGGUGCCAAAUUUUUAGCUUGGUAUUCCAGUUUUAUACCUUUGUAAUAUUUAUAAAAAGGUCACUUGGUAUACUACAAUGUAUAAUAUUAUUGACAGUCGCUAAUGAGUUGUGCAUGUCAAUAAUAUUUUAAAGAAAAAAUGUUAUGUAUAGAAGGAUUAUAAAAUCAAACAUUUUUUAAUAGUACUUUGCUUUUCAUUCAGUAUGAAAAUCCCCGUAUCGUUUAACAGCAUUUUCUCUUUAAUUGCCCACUUGUGUUAGAUCACCGUUAUUAAUUAACUUGUAAGAGACAACGAUCUAGCAGUUUUAUUUUAAAUACACUGUAACAAUUUGUGAUUGUUAUUGCAGAACAAAAAACUCAAAAAGAAAAAUAAAAUUAUUACAUUUCA